CUAGAAGUGCAUGCAAACAACAACGGAAGGGGGGGAAAAAACCCCAAACCCUCAGCAGUAAGUUGGCUGAUGCUGGCAGCAAGACAAAUCUGGCACCACACAGCAGGCAGGCAGAGAGUGCACUGCUCAUCCUCUCGGUUUGCCGGUGUGUGGGAAUGCUGGACACCAACACCCAGCGAGGGAUUCAGCCAAAAGCUCCUCUCCUCAGCGCCUGAACCCUGCUGCUCUCUGCCCCGGGUGAGAGAUACAGAUGUCAGAGGAUAAGACAGACAAGGUAAAAAUCAAACCAGCUGAAAGUUUUGAACAUGACAAGCAAAAUAUUUCUUGGCUGAGAAAAGACCGUCGCACCAGCUCCCUGCCUCUGCUGGCCCUCCCUGGGGUGACAUCAAGCAGUGAGGACCAUCCAGAUAACCAGCUUACAAAUGAAAAACACACAGAUGAAAAGCCUAUGAAAGGUAUUGUUAUGAGUUCUGUCGCAGAAUUCAGCAUCACAGACGCUUCAUCAAAGGGUACCAAAAAUGAGAAGAAAUUGUCAGAUGCAAGCAGAUCAUCCAUUGCUUCCCUGGAGAAAUGCAGAGAAUUCACUUACAUUGAAGAUGAUGCAUCAGUACGUCAGAGAGACAGUGAUGAUGAAUGCGCAACACUUAUCCUGGCCUGCUUGUUCUGCCAAUUUUGGGACUUUCUUAUAAUGCUGCCUGAUACCUGUGAACAUUGGCUGACAGAUACCUGUUGUCCAUCCAAUAGAUAUUACCAGACCUCCGACGAAGACCACGGCAACAACGACUGCAACUGUGACUGUGACAUUGAUUGCAGCCUCUUUGAGUCCUGCCACGAGACUGGGGAGUGCCUGGAACUCGCCAUGGAGAUUUCGGAAGUCUGCUAUCGCUAAUAGGAAAAUAAUUGACAAAAUUCCUCAAAACAACCUGACAAAUUACAAAGGAGGUUUUGGUUUUUUUUUUUUUUAAAUAUUAAUCAUAACCAGAGGUUUUGCCAAUGAGGACUAUGUGCAUCUUGCUGCUCCCUCCCUGGAGGUCUCUAUAUCUGUACCAUUCUGGUGGCAUGAUAUCACAAACUGCUGAAGCCAAUAAAGGACAAAAAAAGGUCUUCUCUGCCAUAGAUGACAACAGAAUUCCUAAGUGCCAAGCGUGCUCACUGCUUUAGCCGCUGUAAAUCCAAGGCUUUUAUAAACCUUUAAUUCCUUUAAACACGGAUUUCCCUAUUCAUAAACACAGAACAAAUUACGAUAUUAUUUUAGGACUGAUAUAUAUAUUAGUUCAUCUUCCUAAUGGAUUCAUACCUAAACAUGUAUUACACAUUGUUGGUUAUUAUAAAUAAUUUAUGAUAUAGCAUCAUUUUAUAAUUAAAAAUUUAUUUAUUCAAUCUCUUGAAACACUCUUAUAUGCCAGUAUAGGUAGAAAAAAAAAUUAAAUGAAUUAGAAACCAUGCUACUGGUAAUUACAGCAAAUGUCACUAAAAAUCUCCAGCGAAUUUUGUGGAGGAAGCAUUUUCAUGGGGUAGUGCAAUUCAACAGUGUAUUAAUGUGCUGGCCCACGGUUAUGUAAUAACAGGUUAUGCCUAUUGUUCAUUAGUUAUAGGAAAGGGCUCCUUAAGUGUAAUUAGCCUAAAUGGGAAUUGACUGCAGACUUCCAGAGGAGAAUUACCCCGUGGAUAGCCAGUAACUCCUUUGCUUGAUUUUCAUUUGUAAGACUUCUACAAGAAACAGAAUAUUGCCACCUAUUCUAGUGCAAACAGGCAUCUCCACCUGUGCACCAAAGAUUACAAAACGACAGUAUCUAUCCUGGUUGUGCUUUCAAACUCCCUCUGUCUCUUUUCUGAUGGCAGGUCUGAUUGAUAAAAAGGAAAUACAUGUUGCACAUUACACAUGACAACGAAAGCAUGUAAAUUCUGCUGCCUGAGGGUGCAGAACACAGGUAUUAAACACAGAGAAAAAUACAGAGUUGCUUGCUCCCAUUCGGUAUUUAUAGACUAACACCAAAAUCAGUGUUUGCUUUGUAUAAGCACUAAAAUUUCUCCCAAACCCCCCACUGAUCUCAGUGCAGAAGUGCCUGUGGAAUCCCAAACAAGGAUCCUGGGCAAGAUACUGGGAUAUUAAGCAUUUCUAAAAUAAUUGAAGCCACUUGCUUAUUAAUCAGAGUAGUCCUGAUGCACGAAUAUUUAAUAGGAAAAAAAUAAUAAUGAGAUUUUCCUUUCUUUCUGUAAAACUCACAUUUUCAAAAAAUCAGAAAGUAAGAAGUAGAACCACUAACAACCUUUGUCCAGGUGUCUUACAAAACCUAGUGACCAGAAGACAGCAAACCUCAGCAAUGCAGUGAGCAGCCCAGAACACCUCGUUUCAGUGCUCCUUCCAGGACAUUGGUGGGGAAUAGAAGAGAUUUGUUUAUCUUACAUUGUCACACCAUGAGCUGUAGUCACCUAAAGGAAAAAAAUCAUUAGUCCAUCACCACACCAGUACCAGCCUGCUGGCUGUGUCUGGACCCAAACCUCAAAGCACAGCCCACUGCCCUCCAGGAGGCACUGGUUUGGGUCACCCACCCCAGGAUGGGCAAUGCUGAGUUUUAAUGCUUCAAUUUGCAUUCUCCCACAGACUUUUGAUCUUAAAGCCUCCAAAGCUAAGCUAAACUCUCACUGCUACAUACCAGGCCACGGACGCUUGCAUCAUUCCAUCCUUUCUACCACAAGUUGUCCUUGACAAAGUGGCAUGUGAGUAUUUGUGAAUAAAAACUCUGACCCGAGGCAUUUAGGAGUCAGAAAAGCAGAAAGCUUGUUCCACAUACCAUUUCCUAGAGAAGUACCAAUAAAGAUGCACAUUGGCAGUCCUUGCUCUUGAUGCCACUCUCCAAAAGGGGAGAUUUCAUGUCCAAUGGCUGGAAGGAGCCCAAGAGGGGAAACCAGAGGGUGGCAUACCCCAAAAUGUUGUCAGUGAGAGAAUCAGAGAUAGGGAACUUGCCUUUCAAGCCAGGAUGUCUUGUUCCAGUUCUGAGUCUGCAAGAAAAACACAUUGGCCACACUGGGAUAACUCAUGGCAACUGAAGUCUCAUUCAGGUGUGGAACUGUACCGGGGACUUUUGGCUGAAAUGUGGAAUUUUUUUCAACUCUUUUCCUAGGAAUCAUUAUUCAAAAGAUUUUUUCGUGUUGUAAUCCAUAAAUUAAGGCCUACUGAGGUCAUGUCUACUAUAGGACGCAGGUAAGGUCAAAGACAGAAUUACAAUGGUCACAGGUAUAGCCAUGAUUAGACAGGAUGUCCCAGCUGCUGUUGUAGUGAACGGUGGUGUUUUAAAUAACACAGCAACAUCUCCCUCCCUGAGGUGUACAAUGGCACAUUGCUCAGUUCCCUGCUUUAGGAAGUAGGUUUUUUGAGACCUUUUUAAGCAAUGAAACCUUGAAAAACAUGUUUUUUUCAUACAACACAGUAGAAUCAGCAGCUUAUGAUAACUUUGUUUUCUCUCAUAAAGUUGUUAAUUCCAACAUUGAACAUUUAAUUAUAUUGACACCAGAGAAAGUCAAUCAGACUUUUCCAUUAACUAUUCCAGAAACUGUGUUUCCUCUUUGAAAUGCCAUCCUAUUCCCAAACUAAACUGACUUCCUGGUGCAGAAAAAUACCCAUUUAUCAGAUCCGAACAUGGGUAGAUACUCCAGUGAAACCGAAACAUUUGGAACAAUUCGGGGCUGUCUCUGUAUUUUUUAUUUACUGGGAAGGAAGGUCUGGGUGCUUGAGUAGGAGGCGUUUGGGUGGAUGGCUGUUGGGAACAUGUUGGACUCAGCUGUGCUCCCGGGGAGAUGUCAGCGUGUGAAACCAGCUCCUGAGAACAACAAAUAGAAGUUCCCAUUUUGCAAACGGGAACAUCGCUCCGACACGACGCCUCUCCCCAGCACCAGAAAUGCGCUGACAGAUUGCUUGGGGGAAGAGAGAGACAGAGAGAAUAACGGAGAGCUGCAUUGCUACCUUCCACAGGAAAGGACCAUGGGAUGCUGUCUAAGGAUCUCCUCUUGGAAAUGACCCAGCAGUCUCAUCCUUGAGACAAAAAUGUCUUUUCACCUCCUUUCACUCUGUUCUCAGAACACAAUAUGGAUUAGGAUGUAAACUUUAGAGGAAUUGAUGUUUGCUAAAUAUUGGAAAAGCCUCUGGGGGCUUGCAAAAGUUUAAAGAUGAGUUAUCUCAGAGGAUAUUAAGUUGUCUGACUGACCAUGAGCCCUUCCAUAAUGUCGUUCCGGUGCCUUACUCUCCAUGUACAAUAUGAGUCCCAUGUACACCCCCAAGUAUAGGAAUGGAACAUAUUAUAUUACCUCAUUCAACUUUCCUCUGCUUCCUAAAGCACUUUGAUCAUUCAUACUCUCUCAAGCAAUCAUCAACCUCUUCCAAAUGUCCAGACAAUGCACAAUUCUGCCUUAACUCCAAUGCUGCUUAGGGAUUCAGGCUGAGUGCUACAGCUGAGCUCUAGAAGACUUUGGUUCUCAGGAAGAAAGCAAAAUACAGGAACAAUUAAGAUGUUUGCAAUUGUAUUUCUCCUGUUAUGCUUGUACAGUAUCAAGAAAAGUUCAGUAGUGUCGAAACUAAGAAUGUAUGUAUCUAUUAAAUUUUUCUUUUAAUUAUA